GACGCGUCGUGUAAGCGCGUAAACAUAGCCAUCAUAACUCGCCCUAGCCCACCUCCAUAUUUAGAUUUUAAUGAUUCUGACACAUUGAAGGGAGCCGGUGUCGAUUUCCAUGGCCGAAGAACCUUCCCUCCCCGCCCUCCCCGCAGUUUCAUGGGACGCGCAAUCCCAGAGUUUUUCAAAAGGCUCGCGGAAGCGUCUCCGGCCAGACGUUGGAGGGCAAUUGUUCUGCAGCUCUAGUGAUCCCGCCGUCUUUUCGAGUGAUGACGAUCCUGGCUUAGACAACUACGUCGCCGGCCGCCGAAAGAGAAAAUAUUUGGGCUCCUGGUACAACCAAUUCCCGACAUCGUCGGAUUCGGCUUACAGCGAUGGCCAACAACCACUUCCGAAGCAAAAACGAACGCUGAGGCGACAGCUCGACAGUGGUGUUUACUUGGGAAGCGAUGGAACCGAUACCGAUGAUAUGCUGGAGCUGCCUGUGGUGCCCACAACUCCCACAAGACCAAUUGUCGUUCGGCCAAAUCUGUCUCGCCUCUCAGAGGCCGAAAAGGCAGCCCGAGAGAAGAUCCGCGUUUGUCUAGAGAAGGGUGAGGAAUCUAUUGAUUUCUGGUCCAUGGGUCUGCGGGAGCUGUCCAAUGAAACAAUCAGCCCUCUGACCCAGUUAUCGCAUAUACCACAAGUCACUAAAGAUGUGGCUUUUGAAACCAAGGAGCCUGAGCUCAAAAUAUACCUGGCUAGAAAUAGUCUUGGCCGGCUCCCUGGCGCAUUGUUCGACUUGACACAUCUUACAGUUCUCAGUAUUCGGGAGAACAAUAUCUCGGAGCUACCUCCUUCCAUAUGCCGUCUUACCAACCUGACGGAGCUCAAUGUGUCGCAGAACCGCUUACAGUAUCUUCCGGCAGAGUUUACCGAUCUAUUCCAGCCAGAGUCGAAACUGAAGAAGCUUGUUCUGUUCCCAAAUCCGUUCUUUAAGCCCCAAGAAACGUUAGAGCACAGUGCCCCUAUGGCGGCCACCGCUGUCGAGAAGCUCUCGGAUUGGCAACCACGCUUCUUAUCCCGCCACUUGGGAAAUAGUCAGAUCCAGACAACCACUUCUCAAGGUCGAGUGCUGUCAAAGUUCAAGUUUCCUGCAUGUGACAGCUCCGUGACUCUACCGGUAUUCAAUGCCGACAGUGUAUGCGACGAGCCUCGCCCAAGCAGAGUCCCUAGUCUUAUGGAGGCGGCGGCCAGAAGCUGUGCAGAUCUAGCAAAGCCUGCUGAGCUAGCACAUUUUGUCCCAGAGGGAUUGGAAAACCUCCGCCAUCUCAUUCUUCAGACAGCUGCUCAAAAGCAAGAUGGCGGACUUGUUUGCAGCCACUGCCGCCGUUCACUUGUUCGGCCAACCCUGGAAUGGGUUGAGUGGAAACAGCUGUACGUCACGGUCAAAAAUACCGCAGAGGCCGCUUCUCCCGCCAAAAAGCUGUCAGUUAAGCCUUUGAGCAUGGCCAAGGACGAAAUGGCUAUUCCUUUCAAGCAUCUGGCGUGCUCUUGGCUCUGUGGCCCGGUGUCGCAAAAGAGCGAUAAAGGUUGGGGCCAGCACGUCAAAGACUGGGUGGAAGAUGAACAUGAAAAUUAGUCCAUACUGUAUUAUAUGUCCAUAUUUGCAUUAGAUAGUGUUAUUGCAUGAUUGCAUGGGUAGCGGGUUUGAAGCUUAAUAAAGCUCUGUUUUAUAUAUUGACUACCCUGUAUGAAAAUUUGAAGGCGCUGCCAUGGUUGUAGAUCUGGCCAAAGCGCUUUUGUGAGUGAUUUUUGGUACAAUUUUAAUUUUUCGGGUACGUCGUCGUACAGAACUUCGUUUCAUCUGUUGGAUUUGUUAUGUGCUGGACCGUACGGCGGGUUAUUCAAGUCAGAGACUAACUUAGUUGUC